UGUGUAGUGAUCACCAUCGUCAUCCUCGAGACCAGGCGCAGUCGACUUUGACGCUCCGAACAUCACGCUCAUAAAGCACCAAUUUCCCUCCUACGCGCGGAAACAAGUUUGCUGUCUUUUGCCAUAUCCAUCAUGUCGCUGUUUCGUUCCGCCACGCAGACUUUGCGUUCUCCUCUCAUCCAACCUCUGCGCUCCUCCAGUCUAGCCGCUUACAGCUCCACUAGACUAUUCCAUCAAACAGCAUCUCGUUUCGCACUCGCUCCUGCAGAGCGCAAAAAGAUCGAUGAUGCCGUACACGCCCAUCCCGUCGUCGUGUUCAUGAAGGGAACGCCAGAGGUGCCUCAGUGCGGAUUUUCUAGAGCGGUGGUUCAAAUCUUGCAAGUGCAGGGCGUGAAACCUGAAUGCUUGAAGACUUACAAUGUGUUGGAGGACUCUGCAUUGAGAGAAGGUAUCAAAGACUACAGCGCAUGGCCCACCAUCCCUCAACUUUUUGUUGCAGGAGAUUUCCAAGGUGGCGCAGACUUGGCCCUGAGCAUGCACACAUCGGGAGAGUUGGAGGAGGUGCUCACAAAAGCUGGAGCUUUGAUCGAGCCUGCGACGCCACCUGCAGGCACCACAGAGCAGAAGUAAGGCCAGACGAGACUUUGCACGAUGCUGAGCGCACCUUUAUAACGUCUGUGGACAGCCAGUUACGUUGCAUGGCAUCCGUUGCGCGACGUUGCUCUCCGCUCCCACGCAACGACCCAAGAUUACCCAGAUUCAUGCUCGCUCACGCGCAACGCUAAUCGGAAUAUAAGGGAUUGUUCGUUGGC